AUGACCUCAGCUCAACAAGGCGACUCGGCGGAUGAUGCUGGCUCUGUCGAGAAGGGCCGAGCUGGUGUUGCCGUGGAGCACCUGGAGCAGGCCAUGCGCGUUGGGUUGUCACGGGAAGAGGCACAGCUUCUGCACGAUCUCGAUCCCAAGGAGCAGGCUCGAAUUUUCCGCAAGAUCGACUUCCACCUUGUGCCAAUGCUUAUGCUCCUGUACCUCAUUGCCAACCUGGACAGGGCGAACAUCGGCAAUGCCAAGAUUGAGGGUCUCGAAAAGAGCCUCAAAAUGACGGGAACCGACUACAAUGUCGUGACCAUGAUGUUCUUCAUUCCGUAUAUCUUGCUCGAAGUACCGAGCAACAGCAUCCUUCUCAAGUUCAAGCGGCCUUCAACGUACAUCGGUCUCCUGGUGACCUCCUGGGGUAUUGUGAUGGCCUGCCAUGGCGUCGUCAGCAGUUAUGCCACCCUCAUCGUUUGCCGCAUCCUACUCGGUGCCUUGGAGGCUGGAUUCUUUCCUGGUGCCGUCUUCCUACUCAGCCAAUGGUACCCUCCCAACAUGACACAGUUUCGGAUGUCAUUGAUGUACGUCGCUGCUGCCAUUUCGGGGGCAUUCUCUGGGCUGCUGGCGGCGGGCAUCGCGAAAAUGAGCGGCACUGGAGGCUACGAGGGCUGGAGGUGGAUCUUCAUUAUCGAGGGCAUUGCCACUGUUGCGGCAGGAGUCCUCUGCUUCCUCAUUCUGCCAGACUCCCCCUCGCUGUCCGGGAAGUGGUUGAAGGCGGAGGAGAUUAUGGUUGUGAAUGCCCGUGACAGGAGCACCGAGGAAGCCAUCGCCACAAACGACAAUGCGGUAAAGACCAAGAACGUCAAAUGGACCGUUCUCUUCUCCGUGCUCACGGACUGGCAACUAUAUCUUCAAGCUCUGAUCUUCAUGUCGAGCGCGGUGCCAAACUACGCCCUCAAGUUCUCGAUGCCGCAGAUCAUUCUCAACAUGGGCUUCACCAACACUCAGGCACAGUUGCUCACCGCGCCGCCGUACAUCCUUGGUGCGAUCUCGGCCGUCCUCACUUCGACUCUCGCAGACCGCUUUACCUGGCGUCUUCCUUUCAUCGUUGGACCCCAGGCUCUCGUCGCUCUUUCAUAUGCCGUCUUGUUUGCUAAGAGCGGCAGCAUCGCACGAGAGGUCGCCCUCUGCUACGCCUUUGUGCAUGUCGCUUGCAUUGGGACGUAUCCAAUCGUGCCCGGAGCCAACACUUGGACUAUCAACAACCUGGCGGGCCCUGCCAAGCGCGCCAUGGGCAUCGCAUUCAUGAUCUGCAUCGGCAAUGUCGGCGGCAUCAUCGGCAGCUUCAUCUUCCGGGACUCGGAAGCGCCAACGUAUCCGACGGGCUGGGGCACCUGCCUGGGCUUUGUUUGCAUGGGCAUGUUCGCGGCGUCGGCACUCGAGGCGGGGUAUCUACGCAUCAAUCGGAAGAGAGAUCAGCUAAGCGAGGAGGAGGUUCGUGCAAGGUUCACAGAUGAGCAGCUGGAGAAGAUGGGUGAUCGCAGCCCCCUCUUCAGGUACUCGCUGUAA